AUGCGGCUGCUGCGGCUGCAUGGGGCCCGGCACAAGGAUCUUCACUUUGAGAGGCUACUCCACCUCUGCUGCUGCGACCCGUCCUGCUCCACCCAGAGGCUACUCCACCUCUGCUGCUGCGACCCGUCCUGCUCCACCCAGAGGCUACUCCACCUCUGCUGCUGCGACCCGUCCUGCUCCACCCAGAGGCUACUCCACCUCUGUUGCUGUGCCCGUCCUGCUCCACCCAGAGGCUACACCACCUCUGCUGCUGUGACCCGUCCUGCUCCACCCAAAGGCUACUCCACCUCUGCUGCUGUGACCUGA